AUGUCGAAUCCUCGACCAUCAACAUCCAAUAGUUACAGUGCUUCUACCAACCAAUAUGGAUACACGAUCUCUUCGCAGGUGCCCUCCACAUACCGUCCAGGUACGAGUCGUCCAAGUACCACGCGCCCGGGAACAGCUAGACCUGGAACCCGCAGAAGCUCUCGAUCAGGCUCUGUCUUUGGAGGCGGCGAUUCUCAACAGAUCAUUUGCGCCAUCAGCGAGGGUCGGGGGAUUACUCCCACUGUCGGUCUUGCUUUUGUAAACACCACCACUGGUGAGGCUGUUCUUAGUCAAAUAUGUGACAAUCAAUUCUACGCCCGUACGAUUAACAAGCUCAAUGUCUUUGAACCCACCGAGAUUCUCAUUGUGGCAACCGCCGCUCCUCCGAAUAUCAUGUCAAAGAUGUACAAGAUUGUUGAGGAGAAUGUCAUCGGUGCUAGACUUGUAGGUGUUGACCGUAAGUAUUGGUCAGAAACGUCAGGGCUCGAGUUCAUUCAGCAGUUGGCCUUUCCUCAGGACCUAGAGGCGUUGAAAGUAGCUAUUGGAGGUAACUACUUUGCAACAUGCUGUUUCUCUGCGGCCUUGAAGUACGUAGAGCUGAAGAUGUCGGUUACUUUCGCAUUUCAUUCUCUUCGAAUCAAUUACCAGCCAUCGGAGGGAUCCAUGAUGAUUGAUCUUUCUACGAUUCAAGCCUUGGAACUUAUUCAGAAUAUACAAAAUGCCAAGUCGAAGCACUGUCUCUUUGGUCUGAUGAAUGAAGCACUUACUCCCAUGGGUUCUCGACAUCUUCGGAGUCUGAUUCUACAACCAUCCACCCAGCCUGAUAUUCUUCGCAAACGUUACAACGCUGUUGACGAGCUUAUGGCGAAUGAUGAUAUAUUUGAAAGGCUUGCUAGAUAUAGAGAACUCAUUAUUGUUCCUACGCAACCUGAUCCUCGACACUCUGAGCAAUCGAUCAAUAACAUCCUAAUGCUGAAAAACUUCGUCGAGACAGCUCCAAAGUUCUUUGAAAUACUGGCAGGAGCUCGCUCGGAGCUUCUGGCUGAGAUCCAGAAGUAUUGCAACCCAGCAAACCUCGACUACACUGUUCAAUUGAUAAAGGAUGUCAUAAAUGAUGAUGUUAGCUACCAGAAAUCUCCAUUAGACUUACGGAAUCAGCGGACGUACGCCGUCAAGUCUGGUGUCAGUGGCUUUCUCGACGUGGCUCGGCAGACAUUCAAAGAAGCUACCGAAGAUGUUUACCAGCAUGUUAGCGAGAUCAACCAAUCAUACGAAAUGAACGCAGAAACAAGAUACGAAAAUUCUCGACAGUUCUAUCUGAGAGUUUUAGCGAGCGAUUUUGAUGACAAGCCCAUACCAGAAAUCUUGAUAAAUCGAUUUCGGAAGAAGGAUUUCAUCGAAUGCCAAACUUUAGACCUAAUGAAACUCAACCAGCGCAUCUCAGACUCCCAUGCUGAAGUAGUUUUGACAAGUGAUCAAACUAUUCAAAAUUUGCUAGAUGAUAUCAGGGGAGAGAUCUCCAGUCUUUUCAAGGUAUGCGAGAGUAUAGCAGUACUCGAUAUGAUUGCUGCUUUUGCACACUCGGCGAUUGCCAAUGACUAUGUAAAACCUGAGAUUGGCGACUGUCUUAUGAUCGAAGCUGGCCGUCAUCCAGUCAAGGAGAAGGUAAGUAAAGGCGACUACAUACCAAACGACGUCUAUGCAACCAACCAGACACGCUUUCAAAUUAUAACAGGCUGCAACAUGAGUGGGAAAAGUACAUACAUCCGUUCCAUUGCAUUGAUGUGUGUGAUGGCCCAAACCGGGAGCUUUGUGCCUGCUCAAUUCGCUCGUUUCCGUAUCGUUCGCCAGCUCUUCGCACGAGUCUCGGUGGACGACAGUAUCGAGGCUAAUAUCUCUACGUUUGCAUCCGAGAUGAGGGAAACGGCUUUUAUUUUAAGAAGUAUCGACGAACAUAGUCUUGCAAUAAUUGAUGAACUCGGACGGGGUACUAGCACCAGAGAUGGUCUGGCAAUUGCUCUGAGCAUCGCGGAGACUCUCGUAGAAAGCAAAGCCUUGAUAUGGUUUGUUACACACUUCCGUGAGCUUGCACAAAUAAUGCAACACCGCCCCGGCGUAGUAAACCAACACCUAGCCGUCGACACCUCCGAAGCAAACACCAUAACCAUGCUCUACAAAGUCCGCUCCUCCUUCGUCAAAGACGAACACUACGGCCUCGCCCUCGCCAAGAUCCUUGAUCUCCCACCACUAGUCCUCGAAGUCGCAGAGCGCGUCACCAACGCCUUAGACGAACAAGUCGAAGCGAAACGCAAAUCCUCAAAGGCUGUAGCUAUUGCUAAACGUAGGAAGUUGGUGCUUAGUCUAAGGGAGACGCUGAAACAGGCGCUUGAUAGUCCGAUGGAGGGGGCUGUUAUGCUGGGGUGGUUGAGGAAGUUGCAGGAGGAGUUUGUAAGGAGGAUGGAGGGUAUUGAUGGGGAUGUUGUGGAUGAUGAAGAUGGCGAGGAAGAGGGUACUGUUGUUGAUGAGCAGAGUACUGCGCGUUUGGGGACGGCUCGUGAGAGUACUGUAGUUACCAUUUCUUCUGGUGAGAGUGGAGCUGAGAGUUCUUCUGGGAGUGAGGAUAAGAAGGAAACAGGAGGUUGCGGAGCACAUUUAGCAGUCUAUAACUUGGCCACAUAUUCAUAA